CACAAUGAGUAAAAGGGGCGCGAUCUCAAGCUAUUGACAGACAUUAAAACUAUCCAAUGGAUUAACAGAGAAUCAGUCCGUUGACCAAUCGUUGCAAAGAAUUAUUAAAUACCGCCAAUAAGGCGGUACUUCCUCAAAUUCCCUUGGUUACCCACAUGGAAACGCGGGUCUCUUGUGUUUGAUUUCAACGGUCUUUCCUGAGACAGGCUUGAACGUUUUUAUGCACGUUUAAAAGAGUUUGAUUAACUUAAAAGAAACAUGAAGAUCGAGGAGGUGAAAAGCACAACGAAGACGCAACGCAUUGCCUCUCACAGCCAUGUGAAGGGAUUGGGGCUGGACGAGGCCGGUAAUGCUAAACAGUCGUCGUCCGGGCUGGUGGGACAGGAGACUGCUAGAGAGGCCUGUGGCAUCAUUGUGGAGCUCAUUCGUCUUAAGAAGAUGGCUGGCAGAGCUGUUCUACUUGCAGGACCUCCUGGAACUGGAAAGACUGCCCUAGCAUUGGCCAUGGCACAGGAACUGGGGAAUAAGGUUCCAUUCUGUCCUAUGGUGGGCAGUGAAGUCUAUUCAUCAGAAAUCAAGAAAACUGAAGUGCUGAUGGAGAACUUCAGAAGAGCAAUAGGUCUGCGUAUCAAAGAGACUAAAGAGGUUUAUGAAGGUGAGGUCACUGAACUGACCCCGUGCGAGACUGAGAACCCAAUGGGGGGCUAUGGCAAAACUGUCAGUCAUGUCAUUAUUGGGUUGAAGACAGCAAAGGGCACCAAACAGUUAAAGCUGGAUCCCAGUAUAUAUGAAAGCUUGCAGAAGGAGAGAGUCGAGGUCGGUGAUGUUAUCUACAUUGAAGCCAACAGUGGGGCAGUCAAGAGGCAAGGUCGAUGCGAUACAUUUGCAACAGAGUUCGAUUUAGAAGCAGAAGAGUAUGUACCAUUACCGAAAGGCGACGUUCACAAGAAGAAAGAGAUUAUUCAGGAUGUUACACUUCAUGACCUGGAUAUUGCUAAUGCAAGACCUCAGGGAGGUCAGGACAUACUUUCUAUGAUGGGUCAACUGAUGAAGCCCAAAAAGACAGAAAUCACUGAUAAACUGCGAGGUGAGAUCAAUAAAGUGGUGAACAAGUACAUAGAUCAGGGAGUGGCAGAGCUGGUUCCAGGGGUUCUGUUUAUUGAUGAGGUUCACAUGCUGGACAUUGAGUGUUUCACCUAUCUGCACCGAGCACUGGAGAGCUCCAUCGCUCCCAUUGUUGUGUUUGCAUCCAACCGAGGAAACUGCCUUAUCAGGGGCACAGAGGAUAUCAGCUCCCCUCAUGGAAUUCCACUGGAUCUACUAGAUCGAGUCAUGAUUAUCAGGACAAUGCUGUACACGCCACAAGAAAUGAAACAGAUUAUAAAGAUUCGAGCACAGACAGAGGGCAUCAACAUCAUCGAAGAGGCUUUAUCUCACCUUGGAGAUAUUGGUACCAAAACUACACUCAGAUAUGCUGUUCAGCUGCUGACCCCUGCCAGUCUGCUGGCACGAGUUCAGGGGAAGGAAGUAGUCGAAAAAGAAAAUAUCGAAGAAAUUAAUGAACUCUUCUAUGAUGCCAAGUCUUCUGCCAAGAUUCUUCAAGACCAGCACACCAAGUUUAUGAAAUAACUCAAGCUCUCUUGCUCUCUCUCUCUCUCUCUCUCUCUCUCUCUCUCUCUCUCUGUCUCUCUCGCUUUGUACGCCCUCCUUUUGUUUGCUUGACUGACUCUUUCAAUCCAAUUUAUCAUACGUUUUAACUGUGUGGUGGUCACACAGUCAAAGAGAAAAUUGCGGCUACUGUAUUGUUCUACACACUCUUCAGACUAAGUCUUUCAAUUUCUGCUUAAAUGAACUGAAUUCUUCAUUGAAGUUUUAUCUCUCAUACAUUUUUCUGUUAUUAGUUAUCAGUUGUUCUGUAUGAUGUCUUUUUGGUUUGUUCUUGAAAAGGACUUGUUCUUGUUUGAAAAGGAAUCUUUUUGAUAGCAAUGUGAAAUACAAAUGGUAUUGAAUUAAACAUAUAAUUUGUUACAUUUAUAAA